GAAAAUACGAGACAGGAAGAUAUAAAUUCACUUUGUGGAGAAAUCUGAAGCUGUAAGCAGGCUAACUUUAGGAUUGCUAUCCACCAUUUGACUUUGGGCCACAAAACCUCUUUGGCUCGACAUACUCAUUUCUUUCUAAUUCCCAUGAUUAUUCAUGAACUGUGCCAAGUUUUUUGAGUCUUAGCAAUCAGUAUUUCCCAGAUCAAGGUAGGCCAGUUCUCCUAGAUGAAGCAGGUUGAAUUAAAUUAACUGAUAUACACUAUUCAAUGGCCGAGCAUAAAGACAACAGUGUAACUAAGAUUUAUGGGCAGGAACCUGGAGAAAAGAAAAAAAGCAACGAUCUUCAGCUACAACAUGAUUAUAAGCAGAGAAAAGAUGUCAUGAAAGGAGAACUGGAAAAAGAACCACCCCAAUAUGAAGACAAGGAUCAGAUCAAUUUGGAAAACAUCAAUAAGCUCUUCUGUAGACUCAAACUCGGUGAUAAAAACUCUUACAAUCUGAGGUCAAGAGACUUUCUGCAGGUAGCUCCAUCGAUACAAAGGCACGAACCAUGUAAUGAGAAGAAUUUGGUUCAAACUUAUAUACAAGGGCUUCUGAUGGCAGAUUACAAAGCAAGAUACAUUCCAAUAGAAGAAGACAAAAGCGAGGCGCUUAAAACGAAAGGCACCAUGGUUUCUGAUAUUGUAGGGGGUAAUGCCUUUGAAAAAAUUUUUAAGAGACCUGCGCAUGUUGAUACAGGCAAAAUACAGCCCAUUCACCCAAUGGACAUUCAGAUGGCAGUGUUUCACUGUGCAGAUCAUAUCCUUCGUCAACUUAUGGUAACAAAACUUUCACAAUGUCAGUAUGCUCUUCCUCUGCUUGUACCUGAUCUGUUAACCCAAGAGAUUGAAUUUCCCCUGUGGACCUUCAGGCAGUUUAAGAAAAGCUGGAAGUCACACAAUGAAAACAUAAUUAAAAACCAGACAAUCUACAAGGCUGAGACACCUAUGAUUGCCUUUUUCAGGUUUUCAGCAGUUUCUUCAUCCAAGUCCGAAUUAAUGAACAACUUGAUCAAUGAACGGCAUGACACAUUCUUUCACAGACACUGCCGUGGAAGCACCAAAUCCCGUCUGCUGAUGGAUGGAGUGGUUGAGAUCGCCUGGUACUGCCCGUCUGGAGAGAAAACCGAUAAAUUCCCAGACUGUAUUGCCUUCUGUAAUCUUCAUGGCGAUGCACAAGAAAAUGAGACACAGCUACAAAUUCUGACUGAAGAGUCCUCAAUCAAUGUAGUACUUCUGCCAAAUCUUGAUGAGAGUGACAAAAGUAUGACAAUAGUAGAAAAGCUCUACAACAACGCAAAGCCUCUCAUUUGCCUUCUGACUGAAGAAGACUCAGUGGUUUCCAAGGUACAGGAAGGCAAAUAUACAAUUGGCUUGAAUAAAAGAAGUAGAUCAGAUAUAUCAGAGGAACUUAGAGGAACCAUCAAUGAGUGCCUCUCGAAAUCACUGUCAGUUUUCAAACUUGAGAAUAUGGGCGAACAUUCAGGAAUCACAGUGGAUGAGAACGAUGCCUACUGCAGGAGAGGAAAAGAGGCAGCAGAGCAGAUGAUGAAACUACUGGAGACAAAGGAAAUGUCCAAAAUCAAAGAAACAUUUCUGCCUUGUCAGGGAAAACUGUGGCAUGACUGGUGUCUAAAGAGCAAAGAACUACAUCGACCUCAAGGGGAUAACAUUGAAAUGCAUAAUAGCCAAAAACAAACAGAAAUGCACAAAAUCCGUGAGCAGCAGAAAGAAUUUGGCCUCAGUGAAUUCUCGAAGUUGUUUAUCAAAAAACUGAAUCCCAUGAAUGCUGAUGAGAAGAUGUAUUUCCUUAAAUGGCUGGGGAUCCUCCUGGAUGAGUACACUUCAAAAGAUCUCUGCCAGCUUCAUCAUGAAUAUUAUGAAAAAUGGUCAAAAGUGCUGGAUUUGAAAAAGGAACAUGAUAAAUCUGAGCAACUGACAGUAGAACAGAUACAUCUAGAAAAGCUAUCGGAAAAGCUGAAUGCAGCCACAUUCGGCUUGGAGCACAUACUAAGAGAAAUUGGCCAGAUAUAUGAAUCAAAUAUAUCUGUGAACAAGAAGAAUAAAGGAUCUGGAUGUAAACUAGAUAUCAGGCCUCUUCCACAGUUUGCUGCAGAGCUCAUGAUCUCCGGAUACCCACUGGAGCUGAUGGAUGGUGAUGCAGCUCAUGUGCCUCUCAUUUGGGUUCAGGCGGUUCUAGGGGAACUUAUUCAAAUGCUGGGAGACCCAAGAGUAUUUGUGUUGUCAAUUUUGGGGAUCCAGAGCACUGGGAAAUCCACCAUGCUGAAUACCAUGUUUGGACUGCAGUUUGCAGUCAGCGCUGGUAGAUGCACCAAAGGAGCCUUCAUGCAGCUGGUCAAGGUGUCUGAGGAACUAAAAAAACAGUUAAACUUUGACUACAUUCUUGUUGUAGACACUGAGGGUCUUCAUGCUCUAGAGUUGCCUUGCAGGUCAUCAAGACAUCAUGAUAAUGAAAUGGCAACGUUUGUGGUCGGUCUUGGAAACAUGACUUUGAUCAACAUUUUUGGUGAGAAUCCAGCUGAGAUGCAGGACAUCCUUCAGAUUGUUGUUCAAGCCUUCCUGAGGAUGAAGCAGGUACGACUGAACCCCAGCUGCAUGUUUGUACAUCAGAACGUUGGAGACAUCACAGCGGGCGAGAAGAACAUGGUAGGGAAAAAACACUUGCAGGAGAAACUAGAUGAGAUGACUCAACUAGCUGCUAAAGAAGAAGUCUGUGGUGCAGAAUGUUUUAGUGACGUCAUUGAAUUUAAUAUAAAGACUGAUGUGAGGUACUUUGCCCAGCUCUGGGAAGGCAGCCCACCCAUGGCACCACCCAAUCCUUGUUACAGUGAAAAUGUGCAGGAGCUUAAGAGCACUAUUCUUUCCCGUGCCUCAGAAUAUAAAGGGUUGACACUGGUACAAUUCAAAGAUCGUAUUGGAGACCUCUGGAACGCUCUUCUGAAUGAAAACUUUGUUUUCAGCUUCAAGAAUACUUUGGAGGUUGCAACAUACAGAAAAUUAGAAGAGGAGUACACAAAGUGGACCUGGAGUCUCAGAAGUGCCAUGCUGGAGAUUGAAGACAAAUUGCACAACCGAAUCAACAACAGGCUACUCCUUAAGGUUGAGAGUAGAGACUUGGAAAAGGAGAUGGCGGAGACCAAUGAAGAGGUGAAAAAGUCCAUGAAACAUUACUUUGAAGAACACAAAGAAAGGGAUAUGUUGAUUCAGUGGGAAUUGAAAUUUCAAGAAAAAAUCACGCACCUGCAUUGGGAUCUUGUAAGGGACGCAAAAAGAAAACUAGAGAACAUCAUCUAUCAAAGGAAAGCUCUCUUCAAACUGGAUGGAGAGAAAACUCUGCAUGAGCGAAAACUCCUUGAGAAAAGCAAAGAACUUGCAUUAAGCCUUAAACAACAAGGUCGAGAUGAGAAUGAGUUGAAGGCACAGUUUGAUUCUGUGUGGGAAACGUGGGUCUCUCAGUUGACAGGGGAUGUUCAACCUUUUGAUGAUCUUAACUUAGAAAGUGACAUAAUUACAAUAAUAUCUGAAAUUCACGAAAAAGCACUUGUGUGCGACAGAUUAAAUAAAUAUGAACACAUACAUCAAAUCACUGAUUUUACCACAUAUGUAAAUCCCAUCAGAAAAUCCUGGGUGAGCAAAAAAUGUGGCCUUCCACCAGAAGAACAAGAGUCAAUACAAAAACUGUUUAACAGUAUUUUACAUAAAACUGUGAACCAGGUGAGGUCAAAACCAGUUGCAACGAUGGGAUACAACAAAAGCUACAUUCAAGAAAUUGCUAAGCUUGUAAAAAUGAAUGUAGAAAACCACAAGUGCAUAAACGCACAAUAUGAAUUCAAGAAAGAGUUCACAGUUGACCUGACAAUCAGUGCUUGUAAGUGGGCAGGUGAGAGGUUUGCCAAGCUCCAUCAGGAGUUCAGAAACACCAAUGAUCCCUUGAUUUAUUUAGAGAGAAAGAAACCAGAAUACUACAGUGUGUUCCAGGGAUUCUGCAAAGGUGCAAAAUCUGUUACAGUAUUUGGAGCCUUGAUUUGUAGUGAGCUGAAAACCCCCAUUCUCCAGAGUGCCUACAACAAGACUGCAAAUGAUCUAGCAGGAGAGAUGCAGACAAAUAUUCCAGCUUUCAAAGGCAACAGGUCAAACCUGGAGAAAUACAUUCUGAAAGCACUAGCAGAGGAGGAGGACUUUCCAAAGUUUAUUCAGUACAUACAUUUUCCAAGGAACCACUUUGAAGAUUUCAUCAAAACUGAAGUGAAAUCUUAUAUUACAGGGCAGAACUCCUCAGCUCUUGCAAUGAUUAAUGGGAACAUCAAGCAAAAGGGGCAACGUGUCAUCACAGCUGCUGAAAUGGCAACAGCUAAAGUCGUGAAUAAAAGUGGAGAUGCCAAUAUGUGGCUGGAGAUCUUCUCAGACUGUCUGAAAGACGAGCUUGAAUACAGUAAAGAACAUCUCACUGGCAACUGCUGUCAGGACAUCACUGAUUUUGAACUUCUAGUGGAGGUUGUGAAAAGAGAACUUCAUCCCAUAAUAGCAGAGUUGAACAGAGACUUAACAAAGCCCUCUGAUAUUAAAAUGGAAAUGUUCAGGGAACCACCAGAUGACUUUUUGAUUGAACAUUUCUGCCAGUGCUGCUGGGUCCAGUGUCCCUUCUGUAAAGUUGUCUGUGUUAACACAAUGGAAGACCAUCUUGGGGAUCAUAUUGCUCCCUUCCAUCGUAACUGUGGGAUGAAUGGGAUGAUUUACAAAGGAACAAAUAAUCUCUGCUUGACAUUCUGCACAUCUUCAGUGGCAAGUGACAAGUGUUACUUUUUCCCGGAUAUUCAAAAAGAUGACACAGUUUUAUGGAAAGAGUACAGAACAGCAGGUCCAGAGUUUGAGAACUGGUCCAUCACGCCUGAUCUCUCAGAGCUGCCAUACUGGAAGUGGUUUGUGUGUCGAUUCCAGACUGAUUUGGAAAAGUAUUAUAAGAAAACUUUCAGUGGUUAUGGUAAGAUUCCAUAUGAAUGGAGAUCCUACACAAAAGAACAAGCUAUAGAGAGUUUGGAGAAAUACCUGUAAGUUUAAUCGCUGCCUUAAAUUUUUAAAUAAACUGUGAAACCACAGUGUCCUGUAAAGCCUGGAGUUUACUGCCAAUAAGUUUUAUUGUUCUCACAACUUUCUAAAGGCCUUUUUAUGAAGAGAUGUCAUUAUAAUUACAAUUAUGGCAGAUUUGUAAUUAUUUUAUACAGACAUUAUAUGUACCAUUAGUUUGUUUUUACGUUCCAGAGUGUUUUUAGUGUUUUUUUUUUUCAGUUAAAUAAUUUCAAAAAAUAUUUUUUUCUACUUUAUGUAGAUGUAGUUUGU